CGAUUUGUCCAUGGCCAGUCUCGUAUGGACUGGCAGGAGAAAGACCUGCUAGUCAUCGACGAAGUGAGUAUGCUGGGGGCUCGGACGCUACACGCGGCGAACGAGCAGCUCUGCAGGCUCCGCGGGUCGCAACAGGAUUUCGGAGGGAUCCCCAUCGUCCUUUUCUGCGGAGACUUCCACCAGUUCCGUCCGGUACAAGAGAGGUCGAUCCUGCUGCCGAGCGUGGCCGUCUCGUGGGACGAAGACAACUCGUUCAAGGCCGAGCAACGGCACCAGCAUGACAAGGCGCACGCGCUGUGGAAGAAGUUCACGACGGUCGUCAUGCUGGACGAACAAGUACGCGCGGCCGGAGAUCCGGAAUUGCAGACACUGCUAAAGCGGAUCCGGUCGGGCGUGCAGGACCGCACGGAUUUGGACCUCCUCAACUCAAGAUGCUACCGGGAAGGCAGGCGGAUCCCGUGGGAAACGGGCAUCACCGUGGUGACGCCGCUGAACCGGAAUCGGUGGAAUCUGAACAUGGAGGCGGCCUUGUCGUUCCGGAUCCAGCAGCGGUCGAUGAUGCGCAUCUUCAUAUCCGAGCACAAAUGGAAGGACGGCCUGCCGACGGAGGAAGAAGCCAUCAUGAUGCUAAACCAGGGCGAUAAUAGCGCGGUCCCAGUACCAGGCGUCUUCAUAUUCGUGCCAGGGAUGCCCGUCGUCGUGAACCACAAUACCCAUCAGGGCUUGAAACUUGUCAAUGGGGCCAGUUACACGGCGCUUAACGUCAUCCUCGACAAGGCGCACCCGGGCCAUCGGAUCUCGGCCGAUACGAUGGUCCACUUCGGGCCGCCGGCGGGGAUAAUACUGGAGUCGGAAACGACAAAGAACUUCCACUUCGUCGGAAUGCCGCCCGGCACGAUCCUGUUGAUACCCACGAGUGUCAGCAUACAUUGCCAGCGAAAGCGGCCGUGGCAGCAG